AUGGCCAACUCUGGCUACACGUCGCCGUUUCCAACGUCUCACGACACCAUCGGACAGUCCACGCUAGCAACACCCCUUUUCAUGCCUUCCUCCCCACCUCGCAACCAGUCCAGCCCAUCGCCCCCGAGCCCCAUCUCCGAGCGCUUCGAGCCGGAACAUGAAUCUGACGACCACAACGAUGAUCACGAGCACGACUUAGAUAAUGAGGAUGAGUUACAGCAUUACUCGCAUCAUUCAACUCUACGAAGUCCUACUGCAUCCGACUUAGAUGCGCGCCUCAAUCAAUAUACUUUGGACUUCAGCCAGUUCGGAGAUGGCGAAGACAUGCCGCUCCCUGAUCUAAACGACGAAGAUGAAAGGCUCUCUGAUGUGGGUGGCCCGGAAGACUUCACUGCAAACAUGGAGAAAUAUUUGAUGGGCGAAGGCAUGUCGAGUGCGCGGAAAGCUCGUAUCAACGAGGCUAGUGCAGACGGAUCUGCAUUGCGAUCUUCUGUGAGAUCAAAACAGCCAGCCGUCGAAGAAGAGCCGGAAUUAGCGGAAGAUAGCGAAUUCGGGCCACCGGUGGAUAUGUCUACUCCGUCGCAUAUGUUGCACAGGACAAGCACUCUCGCCAAAGAAUCGACUCACCUUGACGGUAUUGACGAGGUAGACUCUGACGAUGGACUCCCAAGCCCAAGGCCCCCAUCAUCUCGCAAGAUGUCGAAUGCCUCAAGAGACGAGGCGUUGGAACGAGAAGAGCGCCUGCAGGAACGCAUCGCACAACUUGAAGAAGAGGCACAGGACCGAGAUGACCAGCUUCUUAAGAAUCGGGGCCGUUUGUUGGAAGCAGCCUCGGCUGGAGAGCAAAUUCAGCAUCUGCAAGCAGAGCUCCAGCUCAAAAAUGAUCAGAUCCAAGAGCUGGGGGCUAAAGAAGCCGAGUCCGCAUUGCUUCGAGAGCGGGUUCUGUCACUCCAAAAACAGGCCGCUGAGCAUGAAAAGCUUCAGAAAGCGAUCCCGGGAUCCCCAGACUUUGGCUCGCUUCAACAAGAAAUCAGGGAAAUGCACAAACAACUUCAGAACAAAGAUUCGCAAAAUUCCUUGGAUACGGAGCGACUGGAGACAAUCGCCCAUCUACGGCAGCAACUCAGUCUCACCCAAGAGCAAUUGAAGCAACGCGACGCGACUUUGGAUGAGACACUUGCAAAACUGAGGGAGGUUACCCACGCCAAGGAAGUACAGCUUCGUGAGAAAAAUGCCGAGAUCGACCGCUUCAAGGCAGAUCUUGACGACCAGGCUCUUGAAAAUGAGAGGCUUGAAACCGAAUUAGAUCGCGCGAACGUCGAUUAUGAAGCUCUUGAGGAUCGCCUAACCAGCCUUGAGAUUAAGAACCAGCCUCUGGAAGAAAGAAAUCAAUCUCUUGAGGCUGAUCUCACUCGCGUCCAAUCUCAGGUGGAAGCACAAGAAACUGCUUUGAAAGCUGUGGCUGCGGACUUGCCCAUGAGUAGUCGCAGUACUUACAGUGAGAUACUUGACCUGAUCAAAGACCUUGGUCCUCCCGAAUCUGAACUCGAUCCUGCAUCUUCAGUACAGCACAAAUUCCCUGUUAACACAGAUGUCCAGAAUAUCGGUGACGAAAUUGUCAGAUUCCAACAAGAACUUCAGGACGCCACAGGGGCUCAGAAGGCCGCAGAAGUUGAAGCCAACCGCCUUCGAGAACAAGCAAUGGAAACGCAAGCUCUCAUCAAAACUAUCGAAUCUGAGAACCUCCGCCUUGCGACUCGCGUAGAAGAGCUGACUACGACUCUCAACAAGACCCAGCACGACCUAACUCGGACACAAGAAGAACAUGCCCAAUCUCUUGAAACCAUCGCUCGUCUACAAGAGGAGGCAAUUCGCCAGCCUCCCAGCCCACCUCCCUCUCCACCAAAGCCUGCUAUCAGCGAGCAACAAAGCGCUACCGACACGGCUGCCAUGGAAGAGUCCCACCAAGCGCAGAUCAAAAGCCUUCAGACGGCGCACUCAACCGCUAUUUCAACCCUCCGCUCAUCGCACGCCGAGUCCAUGCGCAAGAUCCGCAGCCUUCUCACAGCCGCCGAGGAACGUGAAGCUAAUCUUCGUGUCGAUCUCACUACCUUGCGUACCUCGGUAUCCAAUCAAGAAUCUCAGUUGCGCAAGUCCUUUAAAACAGAAGUCAAGCGUCUCGAAGCCCUCAUUGCGGCCAAGGAUGAAACUGCCGUUGCUGUUGACCAACGCAUUGCCAUGUCGGUUGACAAGCGAGAACGGGAGUGGGAGCGCCGUGUAGACCUCCUCCUAAAGGAGCGUGAUCGCAUGGGCAAAGCAUUGAUGAUGUACUGGGGUGAGAAAGAGAUGGGUCCCGGGCCUGGCGUUUUGGCUGAAGGGAAGGGAAACCGUCGUCGUGAUGGAGAUAAGGAGACGAAGCAGGGGCAGGCGUACCGGUAUAAGUACACGAAGAGCCGGUCCAAGAGUGGGGAGAGGAAGGCUUAG